AUGGAAGAAAUGACCGUAUCUCCCCCCUCUCAGACGGCCUGGGCCCCUUCACCUAUCCUUCGCACUGACGGCCGCCCAAGCAAUGCGCCCGAAGACAUACCUCGCUUCAUCACCGCCUGCAUCAACAUUCCGUUCCCGUGGAUGCGAUGGUUCAAGUACGAGAUCGCCAUGCUCGGAAACACCCUUCCCCCGUUCGACGAGGAGGAAUGCUUCGAGCCGCAGAUGUGCGCCCCAGUGCUGCCCAACGACUCGCAUCCGACGGGACGGACGCCCCUUGUGACGCACCCCAGCCCGUUCCCGUUCCCGGGCUGCUUCCGCUGGCCGCAUGACGAGAUAGACAUCCGUGUGCUCCCACGCGAGAGUGGUUGGGACGACGAGACAGGAUUUUGCCUCAAGGGUGCUGCCCAGAUGAAGCUCUGCGACUACUGGGACGCAGACCGUCCACGGCAAGACGAGCUCUACGUGCUACGGCUGCGCAAAGAGAAGGCACUGAAGGCCGGCAUACCGCUUGAUUACGUGGAAGAUUGCGACGGCUCUUCAAUGACCUCGAGCAGCGAGGGGAGCGACAUUCUGCGCUCUGCGUAUUCAGACGAACCUGAUGAGAUGAUCCCCAUCAUGGAUCUACGCUACGAGUUGGCCGAAUACCUGACGGCCGAGAACAUCCCCGACCCCAGAGGCAUAUACGAGGAGAUAGACGAGAUACGAAAGAUUAUUGAGCAGUCGUACAGUCGCAGCUAUACUGUGUAUAGUAAGGACCUGAGCGGCGAUGCCGUGGUCCAAACUCAGGCCGUUAGUGUGCUUCCUGUUCAGCAUGCUUAUCACGAGGCCCUCGAUGAGGGAUCCACGCUGCCCGUACCCACGAUAACGUGGAACGCAAGCAGAUGGUGGAGUGUCCCAGGAGGUGCCCGGAUGCGAGAAAGCAACGAUCUCUUCACGCCGUAG